GGACUCUCCCGGACUCCGAUCAGUCUCCCUUCGUUUUGCGACACGUGCUCAUUCGACUGGUACACGUGCCGGUCGCGCGCGCUCAAUCAAAUCCCGAUUAAAACCACUUCCGAACAAUUACAAGAAUCAACAACAAAAAAAAAUGGUCAGGUGAGAUAAAAUAUGUGCGGCGCCAUGGAAAAUCUCGACUUGGAUGCUGUGAAUAGACAAUACUUUUUCGAUAGCAGUCAUUUCGUGAACGCGAACGGCAACAGUAACGGCAGUACCACCGGAUCCUCUAACGGCAGUGAUUUGUUCUUCUACGAAGAGAACAGCAGCGAUUCGGCUGUAUCCAGUUUCUCCUAUGGCAGCGACCAAGAAAAUCAGGCCGAAUACAAAGAUCGUCUCCACAGGCACAGGAGAAGGAACAAAUGUCCUCAGCAGCAAAUUCAGCAACGCCAAGCGGCCAAUUUGAGAGAGAGAAAACGGAUGCAAUCGAUCAACGACGCUUUCGAAGGCCUAAGGGCCCACAUACCGACGUUGCCCUACGAGAAGAGACUGUCCAAAGUCGACACGUUGAAACUAGCCAUAGGAUACAUUAAUUUCCUCAGCGAAUUGGUAAGGACCGACAACAAUUCGAAUACGGAGUUCUUCAACGGUCACAACAGGAAUUUGAGGCAAGACGAACCCAAAAAAAUCAUCAUAAGAGGUGGUGGUGGGUUGUACACUGCCCAUUCGUUGUCGUGGUCGAGGGUGAAGGAGACGAAUCCGAAUGGGAUAAUGCACGCAAAAGUUUGGGUUCCGGAGGAUCCGAGGGCCGGUAAAGACGGUGCUAAUAGUUCCGCUUCGUCGUUCAAUUUGUCUUCGGAGUGAUUUAUAUAACGUGUAUUUUUGUUGAUUUUAUUAUUGCGGAUCGUUUGCGAAGAUGAUAACUUAUUAGUUUUCGAACUUGAAAAGUCGAAUGAAUGUUACGGGUGAUACUACUAUAUUUUUUCUCUUGUGAAAAUGAAACGAAAUUAUCGUAAGUUUUUUGCAGGCGUUUCAUAUCAUGCGGGUAGUUUUAGGAGAAUUAUCAAAUUUUUAAAAACACAUAUGGAGAAUAUAUAUCUCAUUUUUUGGCUCAAAAAUUGUAAUUACAUAAUAAUUAUUAGUAACGUCAAUUCCAUUACAGUAUAAG